AUGAUAGAGUUGAAUGCAGUUACAUGGCCAACUCAUAUUUGGUACGGUAUGUCAAUUAUAAGUGUUCCAAUAUAUAUUAUUGUUGUAAUUUGUCUAAUAAAACUUCGAUACGUUUCUAGAACAUACACUACAACAUUUUACACUCUACUUCUACAGCAUGUAAGUAUAAAAACUUUUAUAUAUAUACAUUUAUUGAAUCAAACGACUACAUAUAAUAAUAGUAAGAGGAAGAGAAGAGAGAAUGACAAAUUUUUCACACGUAGUGGUUAUAUUUCAAAAACUACUCCAGAGUUUUGCGGAUUUAUCUACCACUUUCUUCUACUUUGUUCUUUUCAUUCUUCGAAAAAUCCAAAUAAUUCGUCAAUUUUAUUUUGAUAAUCAAAAUUAUCUCAUUGCCGCGGCAACUUAUUACUGCACUUAUAUUUUUCUCUAUCUUAGAUGUUCUGGUAUUAUUUUGCUUACAUUUCAGAGAUUUAUAACUAUUGUAUUUCCAUCUUCAAGAUUCACACAUGUAAGAAAAAUCAGGAUAAAAAACAUAACAUCUUUCAAUAUUUCUAGGCGUUUCAAGAAGCCAAAUCAUGGCAAACAAUAUCAUUAUAUUGGAGCAUCCCAAUUAUAUUCGAGAUUUUAAUUUUAAAAAGUGCCGAUGCCAAGUUUGAUGGAUUACAAGAUAUGGCAAUUGUUGUGGACAAAUCAGUUAUAAAUGUGAGUUUUCCAUUCAAAGUUAAUUUAUGAUUCAAAUUAUUCAGUACAAUACAACAUUGGCUCUUAUUGUGAGCAGUUUUACAUGCUUACUUUGUGCAACAUUUUAUGUUCUAAUCGCAGUAUCAAUCAAGAAAAAAACCGGAAUUUCAACUAAAAAAUUUCAAAAAGAGAAAAUAAUCGCAAUCCAGAUUCUGAUUCUUCUAGUUGCUUUUCUAGGUGUUUUCGUUUAUUUUGGUUUUCAGAAUUAUUUUUCGAGAACUGGAAAUGUAUGACGAAUUCAAUAAUCUAAUUAUAAAUGCUAACACAUCUGUUUUUUAGACUGGUCCUGUGUUUUUCAUGAGAUCCAUUUAUCCUUUACCAAGUGGUGUUCUAUCGUAUAUCAAUCCAUUUUGCAUACUUAUUUUGAAUAGAGACUUUACAACUCAUGUUGCAAGAAUUAUAACUUGCAAUACACUGAAAAAGGUCGGAUUCAUUUUCAAUAUUAAAAAAACUAUUAUUUUUAGCUCGAUACAACAGUUUCAACAGUUCAAUCAACGUCUUUUAAAGGAAUUAAAAGAGUGAAAUUUUGAUCGAUCUCUGCAAACAAAAACUAAUUAAUUUUUUAGUUUUCCCACACAAAAAUUCCUUGUUUUCAUCUAGUCUCCUUCCUCAUUUUUCUAAUAUGUGAUUUGACGAUUUUGUGUUCUCAUUACGUCUCGUGUACAAGUUCAUUAAUGCUUGAAUAAAUUUUUACCAAAUAUGAAAUUGUUCAAUAAUUUUCAGUUCCGAUUUAAUGGAAAACUUGCGAGCUGUAAAUUGGCCAACAUAUGUUUGGUAUGGAAUGUCAAUUGUCAGUGUUCCAACAUACAUCGUAGUUUUGAUAAGUUUGAUAAAACUUCGAAAAUUUUCAAAAGCAUAUCGAACUACAUUCUACACACUCCUCAUACAGCAUGUCAGUUCUUUCAUUUUCUAAUUAUUCGAAAAAUAGAUUUUCAGGGUUUUGCUGAUUUAUCAACAAUGUUUUUCUAUUUUCUACUUUUCACACUUCGCAAAAUUCAAACAAUCCGUCAAUUAUAUUUUGAUUAUCAGGAAUAUUUUGUAGCCGAAGGAACUUAUAACUUCACAUAUUAUUUUCUAGCUGUAAGAUGUUUUGGUAUCAAUCUUUUGACUUUUCAAAGAUUUAUAAUAAUUGCGGCUCCAUCUUCAAAAAUCACACAUGUGAGUGAAUAAAGUUCAUCUAGUCUGAAUUCAAUUGUUUGUUUUAAGAUAAUUCAAGAAGCUAGUACUCCAUCAAUUGCAUUUUUCUAUUGGUCAUUUCCAACUAUAUUUAGUGUAUUAUUUUUGAGUGGAGCUCACCCAACUUUUGAUAGUGUGGAAGAUAUGGCAAUUGUUGUAGAUAAAUGGGUUAUUACAGUAAUAAUUUCAUAAUGGUAAAACAAAACUAAACAUGUCAAUCCUUUUUUCAGCGGAAUACUACAAUGGCAUUAGCAAUAAGUACUUUCACGUGUUUGGCUUGCACAACAAUUUAUAUUUUGAUAGCUUGUUCAAUUCAAAAACGAACUGGAAAUUCCUCAAGUCAGAGUUUUCAAAAAGAAAAACUCAUUGCUAUUCAAAUUUAUAUUCUUGUUAUCGCGUUUUUCGGAAUAUUUUUCUAUUUUGCAUUUCAAAACUAUUUUUCAAGAAUAGGAAAUGUUAGUUAUAUCUUCAUUUGAGAUAAAGAUCUCGAUUUUUCAGUCUGGUCCCGUGUUCUUCAUGAGAUCCUUGUAUCCUCUUCCAAGUGGUGUACUUUCUUAUAUCAACCCAUUUUGUACAUUAUUUUUGAAUCGCGAAUUCACAACACAAGUGAAAAAGAUUAUAACGUUUAGAAAUAUUACCGUGGUAAAUCAAAAAAAAUAUGAAAGAUCUGCUUAUUUUCAUAUAUUGAAUUACAGAACAAUACAACUGUCUCGGUUCUAUAUUCGUCAACAAGAAAAAUAACAAAAAUAGGAGUGCGAUAAAAAUAAAUGAAAAAUAACAUUUCAUAGAUUAUUUUUUCGGGAAGUUCUAAUUGUAUGUUUGAUUGUGAAUAAAAUUUGGGGGUUGUGAUCGAAGUUAUUUUUUUCGUGGCACACAUUUUUGAUUUCUUAAUAAAAUGGAAAACUGGAGAAUAAUUUUAUGGCCAAUUCAUAUUUGGUACGGAAUGUCGAUUAUUAGUAUUCCAGUUUAUAUUACAGUAGUUAUAUGUUUAUUGCGACUGCGAUAUACUAGUAAAGAUUAUAAUUCAACAUUUUACACACUACUUUUACAGCAUGUAAAGUUUGAAAAAUCAAGAUAAAGAGAAUAAAGUUAUACUUUAUAGAGCUUCGCAGAUUUAUUCACAAUGUUUUUCUACUUCAUACUUUUUACACUUCGAAAAAUUGAAGUUAUCCGUCAGUUUUAUUACGAUUAUCAAAGCUAUUAUAUUGCUCCAGCAACAUAUAAUUUUACGUAUUAUUUUUUGUACAUAAGAUGUUCUGGUAUUAUACUUCUGACACUUCAACGAGUAGUUUUUAUAACUGUGUCAUUUUCAAAAGUAGCAAACGUGAGUUCUUAAAUUUAAAUUGAAUUAACUUUUUUAUAUCAAGUGGAUGAGAGAAAUGAACAAAUGGAAAGUGGUCCUAAUUUAUUGGUUGACUCCAACAAUUAUAAGUAUUGUAGUUCUAAAAGAUGUUGAUAUUGUUUUUGACGAUAUCAAUAAUAUGGAUGUUAUUGUGGAUAAAGAAAUAAUAAUGGUGAGAUAAAAAGCUUUACAAAGUCAGAAAAACUUCAACUUUUGAUUACAGAGAAAUACUACAAUGACACUAAUUAUGACAAGUAUAACUUGUUUCACUUGCUCAUUUUUAUAUGUGUAUCUGAUAACUUUCUUACGAAAAAAAUCUUCUCAAUCAAAUUAAUCGAAGAGAAAAACUAAUUGCAGUACAAGUUUUUAUUCUUAUUCUAGGACUUUUUGGAGUUUUCAUUUACAGCGCAUUUCAAAAUUAUUUUUCAAGAACGGAAAACGUGAAAAACUCGAAACGUUUUUAAAUAAAAACAAAAGAUAAUUUUCAGGAUGGCCCUGUCUUUUUCAUGAGAUCAAUAUAUCCGAUUCCAAAUGGUGUUUUAUCUUAUCUCAAAGGGUUGGUCCUCCGCCAAGGAAUCUUGCUUGGUUUAGAUAAGAAUAAGGUGCUCCUGGAAGGUUCCAGUUUUAGAAAAAAUUCUAGUAUCAAUUCAGCCCAUGUUUUUCCUCAAAAACACAAGCGAGUUAAAACCUACGAAAUAAAGCAUGUAAAUGCGCUCUAGCGCACAACUUGUUUUUGAAUUUUUGUGUGUGUGUUUGCACACAACUUUGAAAAUAACACGGUGACGCCUUUUUGCAGACGAUUUUUUCACCAGGAAAGCACCAACCCUUCAACCCAUUUUGUAUUUUAUUUUUAAAUAGAGAGUUUCGGAAAGAAUUUAUAAAAUUUAUUGGAUGCAAUAGGAUUUUAUUAGUAAGUUUGAACUGAGUUUCGAUCUUACUAUACUAACCAUUUCAGAGAUCUAGAUCGAAAAUUGUACCAAACUCCACUUGAUGAUUUUUUAAAUUACCCAACAAAAAACUCACAGCACAUUGAUUCCAUUCAAUCGAUCACAUUGUCUCCAUUUUGUUUUUCUCCGCAUGAUCGUUUAUAAACCAAUUCGAUGAAUUCGUUCUAAAUAAAAAAAAAGAAUUAUGAAAAAAAAACAUUUUUCCAAACUCACCAAAUCAUAUUAUAUCAAAUACGAAAAUGAAACAUGCAUUUCUGCAAUUCUUUCCCGAUAAUACACGUACACUUCUAGUUCACGCUGUACAAAUAUUUUUGUCAAAAGUAAUUAGAAAGUAUUAUUGCGAAAAAUAACGCUAUUCAAAAAAUGCAAAUUAUUUAGAUCGCUGCCAAUCGAUAUAGGCAAAACUAAAAGAUAUUGAAAUCCCGCCUGCUCUACAAGCAGUUGAACUUUGUGGGUCUAGGACACAUUAAUUUCAAAAAUCUGUAGUUAAUGAAGGCCAGUUGUUUUAUAUUUAAAAUUGUUUUAAAAAAUAAACAUGCCACGGUAUCCCGAACGCGUAUUGCGCCAGCACUGCACACGCCACACACUCUCUCGUUUUCCCUCUAUCUCUCAUCGGUCUCUUCAGCAAAUCGCACUCUCUCAUAUUUUUUGCGCUUAUGUUUCUUUGCUGAAAAAAUGCUGGAAAUGCAAUUUUUGUAACUGAAUCGAGAAUUGAGAAGACAGAGAACGCAAAAUUGAAGAUAUUCCAAGUUGUUUUAUAAAAAAUGGUGGAGAAUGAAAAAUCGUCAAAAAAACAUAAUUUUUCGACCUAUGAAAGCUGAUUGAAUGCACCAAAAAUGAGCACAACUUUUCUCUAGAGAGCUCUGGCUACUAGUUGCGGGCACCGUGAAACAGGAGAGCUGAGCUGAGCUCUCUUCUAGCUGAGAGCGAAAAAAAGAAAAAUUUUAAAAAUCGAAGAAGGCAAUUGCGCUCUUCCGCAAAUAUUUUCUUUUCUCUCUCAUUGAACACACACUGUUUUGCAAAAAUCUUUUUUUUUUCGAAAAACACGUUUCUUACAUGAACCAUAUAUUUUGCAACGUGGAAUUUUAUCGUUUCAUUUCUGAAAACUAGGCGAAAUUGAAACAUUAUUUUGACCUAGCAAUAAUUCAGUAUUGUUUGCAAUCAUUCGACGCAAAACGUUCCGAGGUAUUUUUUUCUUCGUUUCGUCUGUUUUUAGUGUUUCAUUAUUUUUUUAUUUCACAUUCUCCAUUGUUAAUUUGACUCAUUAAGCUGUACAAUACAUAUUUCAGAGCAAAUAUUCGAUGA